CUCGGAGCACCAUUCAUCAACGUGCAGUCGCCAUGGCGCGCCGAUACGAUUCCGCAUCGGGCGGUGCGUCCUCGCCCAUCUUUUCCCCAGCCACUACUCGCAAGCGCACCCUCACCUACGCCCGCCGCGCCAAAUCCCACCUCGUCUCCAAGACUUCACGUGCACGCUCCACAGCAUCCCUCGACCCGGUGCUACCACCACAGCAGGACGACACGCGCGAAUUCGACGUCGAAGCCAUCAUCGACGAAAACCGGAGCACGCGGCGCUUCCUUGUACGAUGGUCGGGCACAAACCCCGCCACCGGCUCCAAGUGGCCCGAUUCAUGGGAGCCACGAAGCAACCUCAACCGCGCGGCCUUGGAGCAUUGGAGGAGGACGGCGAGGCCGGCGAGCCACCGAAAAGCGAGCGGGCGUGUCCGCAGCACAGCCGACCGCGGCACUGCGGUCGCUGCGACAGAAGAAGAAGAAGAUGAUGAUGAUGGCGAUACAGAGAAUGUGUGGGCCGUCGAGGCAAUCCUGGACGAACGAGCAAGACACUACCUAAUUCGAUGGGAUGGCGCAGAUCCUGCCACUGGCCAAAAAUGGUCCGACUCGUGGGAACCAAAGGCGAAUGUUGGUCGGGCAGCAAUUGAGGAGUGGGAAGCAUCCCAGAACGGGAAGACGACGAGGAAGAAGAAGAAGAAGAAGUGAACAGGUGGGCGGGAGAGAACGUGCAGCGUGCUAUUCCCUUCGAGCGAUUCGCAAGACUCUGAGGAUUACAGAGGUUUGGAGAAGAUCAUGAGACUCUGAAGAAACGGCGUGCACUUCGGCGACAUCUCUCGGUGCGCACUCUGGGUAGAAAGGAAGUGCACUUUGGCGACAGCUCUCUGUGCGCACUCUGUGUAGAAGGAAGUGCGCUCCUGCCGACAGGAUCUGGUAUACAGAAUGCUGAAGACUUCGAGAUCGAGUUUCAAUCGCAAUCGCCUGGCAUACCAACUUAGGUCCUGUUCGAUCUCGCCAUCAGUCGACUUCAGAUGAUAUAGAUGGUACGGGAAUGUUGGAAAAGGAGAAAAACAAAAACGCACGAGUCGUCUUCAAAAGCGGUGCCUCUCUCAAGCCUACAUUAAACAUUGUCGCCUUUUGACUGGUUGCAUUCUCUGAUUAUUGGCGCUGGCAUUGUGCCUUCUUCUGGAACAUUUCAAAACAGCCUUUCCAGCCAGAUCAUUCUAAAGAGCACUACAAAUCGCCAUUGUUCGACAAUGCUUUGCAUCUUCGGACCUCCUCACGUGCGCGGGAUACUGCUCGCCAGCUCGUCUCGCUCCUCUGGCUGUCUUCCAGAUCGCGGCCCGAUGUGAAUCGGAGUCAGCUGAGCUGGGUAAAGGCAUUGCAUUCUGCGGCUUCCUCGUUGCAGUUGUCGGAGCAGGAAUCGCCAGACACCACUGCACUUCCCUCAACGCUAAUAUUGCAGGCCUCGAGCGUCAUCGCGUCUUUCGGCAUCACCAGACCAGCUUGGAGGUAUCAGAUCCUCGAAUAUGGAAAUGGAUCUAUGCCCUUAGGCUGGCCAUGUUAGGCCAACCUUGGCUCGAUGCAUACCUCUCCUAGAUCUCGCACUCGAGACUCGCACUGCUAGUAAGAGCGCAGCUCUCGUCGCUAAUAUUCCGUAAAUGCCCUCGAAUAGAGGAGAACUAUAGUAUUUGUAAUAACACCGAGACUAUAACUAGAGACGACGACGACUCUCCGAGACAAAGCGCUAUUAAUCUAGUUAGACUUUAUACGAAA